AUGGCCUACAAAAAUGAUCCAGAAUUGAUGGUUUUAUGUCUCUUACCAGUUCUUCCUCCCGAAUUGAGACCAAUUAUGAAAAUAGAUGGCGGUAAACGUAUGAUUUCGGAUAUUAAUGAACUCUAUAGAAGAGUUCUCUAUCGGAACAAUACUCUUAUUGAUCUAUUAACAACAAGUAGAUCUACACCAGAGGAAUUAGUAAUGUGUCAAGAAAAAAUGGUACAAGAAGUCGUGGAUAUACUUUUUGAUAAUGGAACCCGCGAACAACCAAUGAGGGACGGUAAUAAUAAAGUUUACAAAUCGUUUUCUGAUAUAAUUGAGGGCAAAGAGAGAAGAUUUCGAGAGACUCUUCUUAAAAAACGAAUUGAUUAUUCGGGGCGUUCUGUUAUUGUCGUAGGUCCAUCACUUUCAUUACAUCGAUGUGGAUUGCCUUGCGAAAUAGCAAUAGAGCUAUUUCAGACGUUUCUAACUUUGUGA